GUGAGGCAGGCUCACGCGGCAGAGAGACGAGGAACCGGCGAGUACGCUUCCCCGGGGGGCCCGUCAAGAUGGCGGCCAAAGGGCAGCUGCUGACCUGGGAUAUUUCACCAACAAAUGGCAGUGAAGUAUUUUUCUCACGUGAAAUUUAUGAAAAAUAUUCAUUGGCUCCAAGCCUUUCUGAACUGUGGCAUUUAUCAAACAGAGAGGCAAAGAGAAAUGUGGAGGCAUUGGCAAACUCUUCAGAAAACAGGCAGACUUGCAGCAUGCAGGCUGCAGAUCCAGUUGAGGUGGAGGCUAAAGGCACAACUGAUGAUCAUCCUUUUCCAGAACCUAGACUCCCCUAUCCAUUUACCUCUUGUUUGACUGAGAAGGAGCAGAAAACAUACUUAUAUCUGAUGACUAAGUACUCAAAGAAACCCCUCCAUUUUCAAGUUAAUGCAGCAAGUCAGAGAGAAUUAUUCACGUAUCUGCAAAUGAAAGAAGUAGUAAAUAAUGAAAUUGCAGAAUUUAUGAAGUUUGCCCAAAAUGCUGCAAAAAGCUGCGCCCAAGAUUAUGAUACCAUCUCUGAAGAUGCACUACGUUAUACCGAGGAAUUAUUACGUGCUUGUAUUGGACAUGCACAAAAGUAUCCUGAAUUUUACACACUACAGGAGAUCAUGAGUAUCAUGGGAGGAAAGUUUCAUACGCAGUUGACCUUCAGGCUGGAAAAAAAUCUUCUUGUAAUGGGUACGGCAAGACGUGGUAAAACAGAUUUCCCUACCAUGCCUGUUCAACUGCCCACAGACUACAAAACUGUUACAUCUAUUAUAACUCCAGAAAAAAAGGCUUCUAUUAUGCACAAUGAUAUUAGUUCAGAUUCAAAUGCAGAAAAACUUGCUUUGAAAUACUGUCCUCAAGUUGUUUUAAAUAAUCAGUCAUUAUUUACUUUACUGAAUAAUCAUGGACUUAACUACAAGGAACAAUGGGAAAUUCCAGUUUGCGUUAAAAUGAUCCCUGUUGCAGGUAGCAAACCAGCUAGAGUGAUUUAUGUUGAUUCACCUCUGCUGAGAAAGGAAAUGACAGUAAGAGAGAGGAACCAGAUCUUCCAUGAAAUUCCAAUGGACUUCCUAGCAACUAAAACGUCUUAUGUUUCGAUUUCUGAUGUGUUGAUGGACAAACCAGCUGAGGACAAUCUGUUUCAGUGGGAUGUGUCUUCUGAUACCUACCAGUGCAGGAAGAUUCCUCUUCCAGAUGACACAGGGAUGGACUUUGAUGAUGAUGUUACAGAACUGGAAACUUUUGGAGCAACUGUCAAGCUCUCAGGAGCUUCUAAAAUGGAAAGUACUUUUCCUACAGUUAGUAACACUGCUAAAGUUUUUUCACAUGGCCUAAAAAUGGGGAAAAAAAAUACAUCCACCAUAAACAGUGGAAGUGAAGAAGGGAAAAACACCAUUUCUGAGCAAGGAGUUGCAGCAUGUGCCAGCAUGCAGCUUCCAUCAUUAGAUGGCAUUCUAUGCUUCAGCCCUGAAGGAGAUUCAUCUCAUAAAAGCUUUAAUUCAGAGGAGGUAGGACUGAGCAAAGCACAGCAUGUCAUGACCAAAGAAGUAUUGUACAGCGAAACAAAAUUAAAUACUCUCUCCAAUGCUGUUAGUUACAAGAAAGAGUCUGAUACUGCACAAAAAAAUGAGACUUACGCUUCUUUAUGCAGUAGUGACACGGAUGAAGAGCGUUUGAUAAUUGAUACAGAAUGUAAAAACACUGAUUGUUGCAAAACACCUGCACCAAGCACUGUUUCUCAUACCUCAGCAGAGACUGCCAAAUCACCUUCCCCCACCCAGAUUCCAUUAGCAAGCAUGAGUGAUUGCUCAGAUAUUACAGAUAAGGGACAAAAUGCCUCCAGAAAGGCUACAAGAAAGUUGUCCAAAGAAUUUGAUCCUGUUGGACAGAUUUUGAAAAUGCAAACUGAACUUCUGAAGUCACCUUCCCAAAAAGCUCAUGAGCAGCCAGUGGUGAGCUGUGAUAGUUCUAAUGCUACGCCAGCCCAUGUGCUUCAAUCUCCAAAACCAUUGGUGACCUCCAGCACAGAAACUGUGCCAGCCCCUGCUUCAAAUCCCAGUGGCUCAUCUAGAAAUACCUGGACUUGGCUUUUUCAGGGAGUGCCAAAGAGAAAGCUGCCAAAUGAACUUCAGAUGCUUGAAGAAGACCCUUCAGAGUAUGAAGCACCUCAGGAUGGCAACCUUGUGUAUAAGCUAUUCAGUUUGAAUGAUCUGUUGUUACUUGUACGUUGCAGUGUGCAAAAAGUGAAGUCAUUGCCACGAUACCAUAAAAAGAAAAAAGUCCAAAAGCUUACUCCAAUAUUCCUGUUGCCAAAACUAGAAUACCAAGCCUAUUAUGGUGUAGAAGCUCUUACAGAAAGUGAAAUAUGUCAGUUGUGGACAGAGAGUAUGUUGCAUUCUGAAUGCUUAUUUUAUAUUGAGUUGGACUCUCAGCAUAUCACCAACUUUUGAUACUGACAGAAGAUGUGAUUUAUUCAGGUAGGCAAACUGGGGACUGCAGAUUUUUGGUACCGCCAUGUAGUUUCUAGAAGAGGUAGGUAAGAAGACAUGCGUGGAAGUAAAUGAUCCAUUUUAUGAAAGAGCAUCUACCACAGCUUUUAAUAGGAAACUGUUACCAUAUUCUACAUAGGGAUUCUUUCUGCUCUUGUUGAGAAAUAUUGCAAGGUAGCUGUGAAAUUCUGCCUUUCAGUGUGUAUUUCUGGGGAGCUGUGAAAAAUACAAUGUUGCAAGUGUCCUGAUUUACUUAGAGGGCUCUUUGCAACAGAAAGCUUUGUUCUGAAACUCCAGGGACAAUUCUCUGAGAGCAGUGAUAUCCCUGUAUUAUGGACAACUUACAAUGGCGUGAAUAUCUCAUUCUUUUUCAUUAAUCUGAUACCUGAAAGUAAGACUACUGCUAUCAUGUGUUUGGUUGGUGUAAGGAGAAAGACAGACUUGACUUCUCAGAUCGUGCUAUAAUUUGAAUUAUUUUAAGUGAAAUAUCAUGUCUAAUAAUAAAGGAAUUUUUAAAUCAACCAUAAUAGAGCCAUAUACUUUUUGCUCUUUUUAAAUUUACCCCACAGUUUGAGUGUGAAAGUGUGGAACAACUGUUUGAAAACUGUGGUCUUGCCAUUACUAACACAGUACCUACAACUUGCAUUCUUGUUCAGAUAGUUCUGAGACUAUAUAGAUCUUAAGUGAAGCCUCUAAAAUUGAAGUUUUGAGUGUGUAGCAGACGGCAGUGUUAAAUAGCUUAGGAGUUCUUGUAUCUUGAAACAAGUUAAUUCACUGUCUCAACAAUCUUUUGUGUUGCCAAAUAAGCAUGGAUGGAAAGGUCUUUGGACCUUGGUCUAUGCCCCAUAAUAGUCCUGCGUUGUUCUUCAGUGUUGUAUUGCUCUGUGUGGCUGAGAGAAGAAUCUCAUACCUCAGCGCAGUGACUCAGCAGUCUUGCCAGCUCAGGACAUGAGAAAGAAAGCAGAAGUGUGACUACGGCCUCGUGCAGAAAUUGCAAGGUGUGAUAUCAAGUGGAAUUUUUUAUUUUGUAUAUUCUCAAAGAAGGUAGUGAUUGUUUGCACAAAAGCAGAGAUAUUAUCAUCAAACAAACUUAAGAGUGCUGUCCUCAUCUUGCUAGUAGAGCACCUUGUUCGGUUGUUGAUUUAAGUCCCCUUGCUACUCAGAUAGGAAAUCCUGCAUCUGCAAAGGGAGUAAUCUCUGUGACGUGUUUCCCAAAUAAGAUACAUGUAUAUGAUCUAAGCAGUAAAUAAAGUUGUGAUAAGCUUUGCUGAUUAAUGGGAACAUUUUACCCCAACCAUUAUUCACAUAUUUGCAUUAAGUGCCUAAGCAAAACUUAGUGCAAAAAGAAUAGUUUACCUUCCCUUGAAUAGGAUAAUAUUGGACUUUAAAUAAAGAUUAUUUGAAAAACGGGUUGGAAAGAAGUACUUACUGUAUCAGUAACUUAGUGUCAAAUCUUUUCAGUUAGUCACUUCUCAAAUAUAAGAUACAGUAAUAUAAAUUAGGUGUGAGUAGUUCAUAGAUACUUAUUCCCAGCUAUGCUGUCAAUGAGUUUAGAAAUAGAGAAGUUUCUGAUUUGAGGAGAGGUUGAUAAGGAAUGGAGAACACAAACAGAUUUUUUUUAUUUUUUUUUUUUUUUAAGUUUUGAGGUUUUUUUUAUAAUGACUUCAAGUUUCUGUUAGACAGCAAUGCAGAAUAUUAAACCUAGCUGCUUAGUCUUGCACAAAAUACUGAUAUCAAGAAAAGUAACAAAUGUACAGUGUUUCAAAGAAAUGAGUUGUCCUGGUGCUUUUUUUAAAAAUUUGUUAAAAUGAGAGUUCUUACUUGGUCAUCUUACGCAUCCCAUAACAAAUUGCUAGUAAUGUUUAACUUGGAAUGUGACGUGCUUUGGUUUAGCAGUUUUAACUGUACAAUUGAACAAUUUACGCUUCCUACGAGAGCAGAUUUGUAGUAAGGCAGUAAAUUUCUCUGAGUGGGUCAUAUUUUAUUAUGCUGCCUUUUCCUCAUCCUCCUUGUGGGAGCUGGAAUAGAACAGAUUUCUGGGAAAACCUCAACAUGAGAGAGAACCUGAAGGUAAGGCACGGUCACCACAUCAGUGUACAAGCUAUGCUAAUGAUCUUUACUGCUUAUCAAGUGAAAAUGUGGGCUAAACUGUUCUUGUCAGCCUUUAUUUUAAAAACAAGAUGAGGAGAGCUUUGAAUUGUUGCUCCUAGCUGUGUCAAAGACAAAUAGUCUUUAAUGAUUUGCUGUGAAAAAGGCCUGAACUGUAAAUUUUAAUUUUUCAGGUGAGGGGAGGGGGGGAUGGAAAUCAAGAGACGAAGGUACACAAUCCCCAGAAAAUCAAGUAAUGCAGUUGUUUGUAUAAACUGUCAGAAUAGAAAAACAAGUAUAUUAAACUAAAAAGAAAAUUUGUUGUAAAGGAUAUCAUGAUCUGUCCAGUGAGAAAGCAUAGUGAUAAGGAUCAAAAGAACUUGAGAAGAUACAAACUAACUGAUGAGGUUAAGGCCAUGGCAAAAUGAAGUUGUGUAUCCCAGAUAUCACCCAAGAUGUAAGAUUUGCUGGAAUCGUGGGCAUCUCCCUGAUUUAGAAAGGCAGGCCGAAUACAGGUGUCUGUACUAAGAGCAGCUAUACAUUUUACUUUCCAUUAUUGUGCAACAUUGAUAAAUACUUUUCACUGUUCUAUGCUGUAAAAGCAAAAUUUUUUAUUCCUUUUAAAAUUCAUUAGGUCUGCAAAUUAUGCUUUUGCAUUUGUUCUCAUUU